AUGAAACAAAAAUCAAAUGUUUCACCGCAUAUUGUGUUUUGCCAAGUUUGUAAAAGUGAUUUUGAUAUUUCUAACAGUGGUCGCAGUAAUAUCAAACAACAUUUGUCAAAAAAGAAACACGUGUUGGCUACUAAUGCGAACUCGAAGAGCAUUAAAUUGGAAACCUUUGGUAAAAAAGAAAAUAAUUUAAGCUCUGAAAAUAUGUUGAUUGCUGCCAAGGAAGGUACUUUUGCUUACCAUAAAAUUAAGCAUUUGCAAAGUUUCAGAUCCUUAGACUGCACGUCAAAACUAAUUGUAAGCAUGUUUGAACCUAAAUUUGCGGUAGAUCGAACCAAGACUGAGACGAUUGUUAAAAAUGUUUUAGCUCAAGAGGCUCAAUCCCAAUUAGAAAUUGACUUUCGAAAAGCAAAUUUCGUCAGCAUCACAAUCGAUUCGUCGAAUCAUAGAGAAAUUAAUGUUGUAUCCUUAAUUGUAAGAUAUUUUGAUGGAGAAAAUGGUGUCCAAUUAAAAUUAUUUCAGCUACGUGACUUACCUGGUGAAACAUCAGAGCAGUUAAAAGAUUACGUGGUCAAUGUUUUGAACCACCAUAAUUUACUACAAAAAUUCAUCCGAAUGUCUGAUGAAAAUACAAAUACAAAUUUUGGUGGAAUGAGAAAAAAAGGAGUGAAUAACCUAUUCAGCAAAUUAAAUGCUUCUCGUGAAGUAGCAGACAUAGUGAGAAACCCAACUAACAGCAAUGUCUAUGAACAAUUAAAAUCCCGGCUUCUCGACAAAUAUGGUAUCAGCCCAGAUGAAAAUAUCCACAGGUUGAAGAAACCUACUCAACUGCUUCAUCGGAUGCUACCUCUGGUCAUGAAUAGCAUUAGCUACAGGCGUAAACUUUCGGUACACAACCUCACUAUGUUUGACCUGAGGACAAACGAAGGGUUUUGCUACUUUGUGAACGAGACGGAAGGGGAACUUGAAGCAAAUGAAUUUGCCAGCGUUUUAACACAUUUUGUUGAAUCGCAACUUCCCAAGGGGAAUAAAGCAACGAAGAUUGUAAUAUUUAGUGAUGUAUGUAAUUAUCAAAAUCGAAGUGUAGUUAUGAGUCAUGUGGCCGUUAAACACAAAAUAAGUAUAGAGAAAUUAAUGUGCCAACAGACUACAUUGACGCAUGCAAAAAUGCAAGGCAAAAGUCGUCCAUACAAGGUGACGUAUUUGGAUCAUCUUUUUUUCAAAUACUUUACGAAAUCAUUGGUGUUCAAAUCAAUUCGUCCUGGUACUAGAAAAGGGGACUCCAAAGUCACAUACAUCAGAUGCUUGAAAUAUGAUACUAAUGGAAAAAUACGCUACAAACUGUCCUUCAACGAUGACUUCAAACUACUACCAUCGUGUGAUUAUAACAGGUUGAUGAUGGAUCCAAAAAAUCCAAAAGAAAAGCCCAAGAUCCAAAUAAAUCUUUGA